AUGGCGGCGCCAGCGUCGUCGCGGUGAGGUCGCGCCCGCCGUUCCUGAUCCGCCUCUUCCCGGAAGAAAGAUGGCCGCGGCCUAGGCGAGGGCCGUCGGAGGCGUCACGGGCGCUCGGGCCCCGCUCGGCGGAUCCUGGGCGAGGGGAGGGAGACUGCUUCUGGCCACACUUGUGGACCAUCCCGCAGUCUGGACCCAGGUGGCCAUGGCGCCCAGGCAGGCUCCCCUCUGUGGCCUGGCUCCUCACUGCCUCUGGCUCUUGGGGGUCAUCCUUCUGAUGGACGUGUCUGCCCGGCCUGCCAACCACUCAUCGGCUCGGGAGAGAGCCGGCAACAAGGAGGAGCCUGAGAUCCUGCCCCCGGACCACCUGAAUGGGGUGAAGCUAGAGAUGGAUGGGCACCUCAACAAAGACUUCCACCAGGAGGUCUUCCUGGGGAAGGACAUGGACGGCUUUGAGGAGGACGCGGAGCCACGGAGGAGCAGGAGGAAGCUAAUGGUCAUCUUCUCCAAGGUGGACGUGAACACCGACCGGAGGAUCAGUGCUAAGGAGAUGCAGCGUUGGAUCAUGGAGAAGACGGCGGAGCACUUCCAGGAGGCCAUCGAGGAGAGCAAGGUGCACUUCCACGCUGUGGACCCCGAUGGCGACGGUCGUGUGUCGUGGGAUGAGUAUAAGGUGAAGUUUUUGGUGAGCAAAGGCCACAAUGAGCAAGAAGUUGUGGAGAAGAUCAAGAAUGGCGAGGAGCUGAAAGUCGACGAGGAGAGUGAGCGCCUGGGUCCUGUGGCGCGCCGCCAGGGGGCCUGUAGCCCGGCACAGGAAGUCUUGGAGAACCUCAAGGACCGCUGGUAUCAGGCGGACAACCCCCCCUCAGACCUUCUUCUGACUGAGGACGAGUUCCUGUCGUUCCUGCACCCCGAGCACAGCCGUGGCAUGCUCAAGUUCAUGGUCAAGGAGAUUGUCCGGGACCUGGACCAGGACGGUGACAAGCAGCUCUCGCUGCCCGAAUUCAUCUCUCUGCCCGUGGGCACUGUGGAGAACCAGCAGGGCCAGGACAUCGAUGACAGUUGGGUCAGAGACCGAAAAAAAGAGUUUGAGGAACUGAUUGAUGCCAACCAUGAUGGGAUCGUGACCAUGGCGGAGCUGGAGGACUACAUGGACCCCAUGAACGAGUACAAUGCCCUUAACGAGGCCAAGCAGAUGAUCGCCAUCGCCGACGAGAACCAGAACCAGCACCUGGAGCCCGAGGAGGUCCUCAAGUACAGUGAGUUCUUCACGGGCAGCAAACUGAUGGACUACGCCCGCAACGUGCACGAGGAGUUCUGAGCCCGCGCCUCCUGCCGCCCGCCCCACGCGCCUCGGCCGGCCGGCCCUCCCUCCCUCCCGUGGCCCCGACAGCCGUGGUCCAGGCUUACUACGGAUGUGCUUGAGCGGGCCCGGGUCCCGAGGUGCAGCUGCGGACUGGCUGCCCUCCGUGCGUGGGGGUCCCACGUGACUGCUGCGUCUCAUUUCUGAGAACCGGGUGCUGUUCCGUGAAGGCACUGACCGCAUCAGGGCCCUGUGGGCUCACCACACCUGUGGGAAGUAACGCAGCUCCUGCCGUUUCCUUGAAAACCGAGACGUGAACGUAGUGUUAGAAUGUGCUCUGCUGGGAGCCCGUCGCCGGCCGCUGGGGGGUGCCUGCCCCUUCCCGGGGCGCUGCGGAGGGGCUCCCGCAGUGUUCCCGUCUCCGAAAACACAAACACUUGUGACGAGAAUCUCCUUCGUGUACUUUAAAAUAGAGUUGCCUUUUUCUCCCAGCUUCGUUUCUUUGUUGAAAAAACGCCCAUAAAAUGAUUUUGGAACGUU